AGGGCCGCGCCAUUCGUCGUGCCUCGCUUACCCUAUACACUCGUAGAUCUCUCUCUCUCUCUGUGUGUUGUUGUCGUUGCUGGUUGUUCUUCGCUCGCUCAUCUCUUGCAAUCACGCCACUUACCGUUUCCUCUGCUUCUCUUAUGUAUAUCUCUAUUACCUCUUUGUAUUAGUUGACUUAGUGCUAUCUGCUUUCUUUCUUCUGCUGCUUUAACUGUUGUUGUUGUUUGGCUUUCCUCCUCCCCCAAAAAACAAAGGUCUACUGGCGUUUUUCUUUUUGGGUUUUCUGUCGAAUUGAGCUGUACUGCUUUUCUCAUCUUUUACAUUUAUUUAUAUAUCUGUAAAUUGGGGGAUGUUUGUCAACGAGGAGGACGAUGACAAUCAGUACAUGGGCUUAGUAGCCCGUGGACGCUCCUCCUACGCAUCGCAAAUAGACUCCACUCCUACGCCAUCGCUACCCGCCUCUGCGUUGGAGAAGCGCACCAGCUCGAUCGUCAGCUUCCCUCCUCGCACCUCCUCCUCCUCUUUCCAAAGCGAGUCCCACGACCCGUACGCGGACGCUCAGCCGGUGAACAUCACACCGCUGCUUCUCAAAAAGAUGGAGAGGAUUAUCCUCAUCGCCGCCUACGCCAGCAACGCCAAUCGCGUCAACCGCUAUCAAGCGAGUCUCGCCAGCCGUCGCAUGAAGCUCAUCUCCACCGUCCUGCGGCAGAUGCCGCACCCCGCCCCGUCGCCUCGUCUGCUGACAGCCAUGCAGUCCCUCUGCCUGCUGGUGCGGCAGUGCGCGUACGACGUUGCCGAUGAGGACACAGAGGACAUACAAAGCAUCCUCUACGGGCCGGACGAGGACCCCUUCGGUCCUGCGCAGCGUUGGCCGGUGCUGCUGUGUCAGCACUUCACAUGCCGUCUGCUCUUUCGCAACGCCUACCGACGGCUGUGGACUGCGUGGCGCAUGUACUCCCCGGUCGAGCUGGAGCGGGAGGACGCGCUGGCGGAGGCGAAGGACCGCAACGUGAACACGGAUGUCAUGCUGCAACUUCUCGUUGCCAGCUCCGCCCGGGACAGCUGCGGCAACGAAGUCGACGUGUCGCCUGCAACGGUGGAGCAGCACAAAAAAGAUAUGCUGGCGUUUUAUCAGCGGCGGGAGAUGAACCCGUGGCGCGUGCUCUAUCAGCAGUUGGCGCCAACGACCCAACUCGUGCGCGGGACCAUCACGCAGCCUCCCAAUUCCUCCGAGAGAGCCCCGUCCUUCUCUUCACCGGCCGCCGCAGAGAACGACUUUCGUUUCCGCGUGCUGCCCACCGUGUACGCGUAUAACGGCGUGCCGGUGGUGGUGAAAGCCUUCUGUGCCGCCGCGACGACGAUCUCCUUCGACGACUGCGACGCGGCGACGGCGGCCGCGGCGAUGCAGCACGCCCCUGACUUUCUGCAGGACGUCGCGUGCCGGUGCAUGUGGUGCCACCCGCACGUCGUUGGCUGCCUGGGCGCCUACACGGAAAAAUUCGUGCCCGCUGCCUCGAAAGACAGCCAAAAUCGCGAUGCGUUGUCGCAAGCAGCGACGAAAGAUGCUGCAGGCGUACCGGAUCGAACGCCUCAAUGCCCUGUGCAGCGGGGUGCUCCAGCGGCGUCCGCGCAGCCGCCCGUGCCGGCGCUGCAUCUACCGUGGUUGCACCCUGUCGAUACCCUUUCCGGCGCUCCAGUCCUGGCCCUCGGCUACGUCACGGAGCUGCAGACGUCGGCGGACGCAACCACGCCCUGUGCCACGCUGGGCGACAUCCUGUUUCCCGCAUCGCCCACCUCAGCGGCAACCACAACACGUCAUUACUUCUCCCUGUCCGAGGCGCUGGACAUCUGCGCGCAGUUGGCCGAUGCGCUGCAGUACAUCCUCGAAGACAGCGGUGACGUUCCCGUUGCGGUACGGACAUCCUGGCUGACCCUCGACCCGUUCAACGUGUACGUGGUGCGCACCGUCGGCACGAACACACCCGCUGGCAAGCCGGAUCUGCAGCAGCGCUUGCAGCUAAGUCGAGAAGGAACGAUGGCGUCGGUGGGUGACGGCGGUGCCGCCGCCGCCGUGAGGAACGGCAGCAACGUCUUUUCCGCCUCCGUCUCCCUCCUUGGCGCGACAAACAACUCCGCCUCCAGCGUGAGCAUCAACAGCAACCACAACAGCAGCGUCGUCCUCGUUCCAAGGCAGACAGGACGAGAGCACUCGCCCCUUCUGCACCCUGCGUCGCAGUUGUCUGCCUUCGUCGAUCCCUCGCAACUGCUAGCGGCGUCUUCGGCCCGCGAAGGCAAGGGGGCGCCGAAUGCAGCCGACAUCGCCCUCGCCACCAUCGCUGCGCCGCCGCACCGGGGCCCCCACCGCCUCGUCGUGCGCUACUGCCCACCGUCGGAUUGGACGAAAAGAGCAGUGGGGAGUCGGUGGCGGCCGCACCCCCGUGCCACGGCACCGGCGAGCUACGUGGUGGCGCAGAUGCUUCUCGCACUCAUGACACGGCAGGUGCCGUACGCGGCGUACCAGAGCGACAGCGACGUGCAGCGGCGUGUGUUUGACAUCGCGGCUGGACCGACCAACGGCGGUCUGUCAGAUGCGGAGGCGGCAGCGGCGGGGGUGCGGGUGAAGCUGAGCAGCAGCGGCCAGGGGUACAGUCUCCCCUCCUCGCUGCCCGCCUUCCUCGUUCAACUGUGUCGCCUCGCCCUCUCGCUGGACAAGAGCCAGCCGCCGAUGGAGCUGGAGUCGCUGCGAGAUGCGCUGACGACGAUACAGGCCUCCCUGCCCGAGGCAGUGGUCGGGUCGUCGCCGACCGUCCUGCAGGAUACACCGCGCUCCUUCAGCCACGGCGCACCAAGUAGAGAGCUGAGCGGGCAGUUUGACAGCGGUUUUGGGUAG